AUGUCAAGUACAAUUGUUGCUAAACUGAACAAAGAGGACAUCAUCAAGGACACCGUUAAAGACUUAGCGCUCGAUAUUCUUGGUGAGCUGUCUGUUUCGUACGCAGCUACCGACGACGUCCAAUUGGGUAACUCUAUGCCCAUGGACGCCACACAGAGCGCACCCACCAUCAAGUUCAUGCCCUUCAACAAAAGCCAAUUGUCCGCAGACGAUAAGCUGGCUUUGUUGAUGACCGACCCAGACGCCCCAUCCAGAACAGACCACAAGUGGUCGGAGGUCUGCCACUACAUCGUCACUGAUAUUCCUGUCGAGUACGGACCCGAGGGCGAGAUUGCCGUCUCUGGGAAGGGUACCGUGAGAAGUAACUACAUUGGGCCUGGUCCACCCAAGAACUCCGGUUACCACAGAUACGUCUUCUUUCUGUGCAAGCAACCGAAGGGAGCGGAUUCCUCUGCUUUCACCAAGGUUGAGAACAUCAUAUCCUGGGGAUAUGGUAACCCCGGUGCAGGCGCUUACGACUACAUCAAGGAGAACAGCCUGCAAUUGGUUGGUGCCAAUUACUAUAUGGUCCAAAACACGACCGUUGACUUCAACUACGACAUGUGA